AUGACGAUACUCUACGGCCUCCCCGACGACAUCAGUACUACUAGUAAGCCAAGCGCGGAAUGGAUUGAGUUCAUCAAGACGGCGGCGCCAGAACAAGCGGGCGGCGGCGGUAUUGUUGAGGCGCGGAACGAGAGGAAUAGACAGAUGGAGCUCUAUCUUGCCUCGAAUCCAGAGUAUAUGGCCGAAACAACCGUCCAAGUAACCGACACCACCUACCCCGGGGCCUCCGGCUACCCCCUCCCCGCCCGCAUCUACACCCCCACCCCAACUACCACCACCACCACCACCACCACCACCACCACCACCGCCCCCACCCCGCUGCCCGCCAUGCUCUGGUUCCACGGCGGCGGUUUCGCCAUCGGCAGCCAACUCGCCGACGACGAAGUCCUCCGCCACAUCAGCCACCACUCCCAGAUCACCAUCAUCUCCGCCAGCUACCGCCUCGCGCCCGAGCACCCCUUCCCAGACGGCCCCAACGACGCCUGGGCCGCCGCGCGCUGGGCCUCCUCCACCAUCCCGCACAGCGCCUUCUACGUCGGCGGCGUGUCCUCCGGCGGCAACCUCGCCUGCGUGGUCUCCCGGCGCGCGCGUGAUAGCCCCGAGGCGGGGGUGAAGGUGGUGGGGCAGCUGCUGGCGUAUCCGUGGUUGUGCUCGACGCGGGACCAUGGCGGGUUCGUGGCGACGCUGUCGGCGUUUGAGGCGUAUAGCGAUAAUGUGAAUGAUCCGCUGCUGGCGAAGGGGAAGCUGGGCGUGCUGGAGCAGGUGUAUGGGAGCCCGGAUCCGAGGGAUGUGGACUUCUCGCCGCUGUUUGAUCCGAAGGAGUUGAAGGGGCUGCCGAGGGCGGUUGUGUUUGUGGCGGGCGCGGACCUGCUGAGGGAUGACGGGGUGGCGUAUUGGAAGGGGCUGAGGAGGGAGGAUCCGAAGAGCCCCGAGUUGAGAAUAUGGCCCGGGCUGCCUCAUGCCUUUCAUAGACACAAGGAGCUGAAGACCUCUGGCGAGUACAAGGGUCACUUGAACGAGGGCAUGAAAGAGCUACUGGACCUCAACAGCCAGACUACAACUACCGCCUAG